AUUGGCCUGGCAAGAAGCAGCUGACGGAAGGUGGCGGCCGAGCGUCUGAGUAGAGGGGGAGGAUGGCUGCCCCGGCGGGGACCCAACUGAUUCUCCCCGAGACUCACAGCAUGAAAAAAGCAGUGUCUCUGGUUAACGCAGUAGAUACUGGAAGAUUUCCUCGAUUGCUCACCCGAAUUCUUCAGAAACUUCACUUGAAGACUGAGAACAGUUUCAGUGAAGAGGAAGAAGAAAAACUCCAAGCUGCAUUUUCAUUAGAGAAACAAGAUCUUCACCUGGUUCUUGAAACAAUAUCAUUCAUUUUGGAGCAGGCUGUUUAUCACAAUGUGAAACCAGUAGUUCUGCAACAGCAGUUAGAGAACGUUCAUCUCAGUCAAGACAAAGCUGAAGCAUUUGCCAGUGCUUGGGCUAGUAUGGGUCAAGAUACAGUCGAAAAGUUCAGACAAAGGAUUUUGGCUCCCCAAAAGCUUGAGACAAUUGGAUGGCAGCUUAACCUUCAAAUGGCUCAGUCUAAUCAAGCGAAGCUGAAAUCUCCUCAAGCUGUGUUAGAACUUGGAGUGAGCAAUGAAGAUUCAAAGAACUUGGAGAAAGUUUGUAUGGAAUUCAACCACAAGGAGUUGUUUGAGUUCUAUAACAAGCUAGAGACCAUGCAAGCACAGCUGGAUUCCCUUAUGUGAUGUUUUCGAAGACUGUUUUUUCCAUCGCACUCCUGCCACCUCAUUAUUUUAUAUUGAAGAUAGAUUGCCAAACUGUGUUUUCUGAAGGACUCAGUGACUUUCUUCCUGUAAAAUUAUAUGGCUUAUCUCUUCUUAGACCAGUCACAUUAGCCAAGGGAGAUUGUUGUUAAGAGUAUUGUAGUUCUAAUUGACUUUCUCUUGGUUUUUUGAGUCAAUAGCCAUUGUUGAGAACACUUUUUAUUAAAAAGAAAACAAAAGCUAAUACCA